CAUGCACCUCAGGUUAGCUCAGCUGGAGAGCGUCCGAUUUUCCUCUCCGGUUCGGACGCCAGGACAGAAGAAUUAUCCGAUAGCAUAUGGCGUGUUCACUGUUCAGUCAAUCAGCAGGUAAAGCACACAAGCUGGCUGCGAAGGUGGUGCAGAAGCCAUGAUUCUUGAGCCUUUCCGAUUGAUCACUCUUCUCCUGCUCCUCGCGGCUGCCGGCCGCCGCGCCGCCGCCGCCGCCGGCGGCAGCGACGGCCUGCAGUUCGCGUACGAUGGCUUCUCGGGCGCCAACCUCACCGUCGACGGCUCGGCCGCCGUCACGGCGAGCGGCCUCCUCGUGCUGACCAACGGCUCCAUCCAGAUGAAAGGCCACGCCUUCCACCCGUCGCCGCUCCCGCUCCGCGCCGCGCGGUCCUUCUCGACGACGUUCGUGUUCGCCAUCUUCGGGCAGUACGCCGACCUGAGCAGCCACGGCCUCGCCUUCUUCGUCUCCGCGUCGAGGGACGCCUUCGCUGCCGCGCUGCCGGGCCAGUUCCUGGGCCUCUUCAACGGCACCAGCGCUGUCGGCAACCGGAGCGCCGGCGGCGUCUUCGCCGUGGAGUUCGACACGCUCUUCAACGCGGAGUUCCACGACCCGAACAGCAACCACGUCGGCGUCGACGUCAACAGCCUGACGUCGGUCAAGGCCGCCGACGCCGGCUACCACGACGACGGCACCGGGCAGUUCCGGAACCUGAGCCUGAUCAGCCGGAAGGCCAUGCAGGUGUGGGUGGACUACGACGGCGGGAGCACGGAGGUCACCGUGGCCAUGGCUCCCCUGGGCACGGCCAGGCCCAAGAAGCCGCUGCUGCAGGCCAGCGUCGACCUCUCCGGCGUGGCGCCGGGCGCGGCGUACGUCGGGUUCGCGUCGGCGACCGGCAUCCUCUUCUCGCGCCACUUCGUGCUCGGCUGGAGCUUCGCGCUGGACGUGCCAGCCCCGCCGCCGAACAUCUCGUCGCUGCCGCCGCUGCCGCCGGCCUGGCCCAAGCCACGGCCAAGGACGCUGGAGAUCGUGCUGCCCAUAGCGUCCGCGACGCUGGUCUUCGCGGUGGCCGUCGCGGCGUACGCCAUGGCGAGACGGCGGGCCAAGUACGCCGAGCUGCGAGAGGAGUGGGAGGCCGCGUUCGGGCCACACCGAUUCUCCUACAAGGAUUUGUUUCAUGCGACCAAGGGAUUCGACGAAGACAACCUGCUUGGGACAGGAGGGUUCGGAAGCGUGUACCGCGGCGUGCUCCGCAAGUCCGCCAUGGACGUCGCAGUGAAGAGGGUGUCACACAAGUCGAGGCAGGGGAUGAAGGAGUUCGUCGCGGAGGUUGCGAGCAUCGGACGGCUCCGACACCGCAACCUCGUGCAACUGCUCGGCUACUGCCGACGCAAAGGCGAACUUCUCCUGGUGUACGACUACAUGCCAAAUGGUAGCCUCGACAAAUACCUCUACGACGACGGAGGUAGGCGCCCGCUGAGCUGGCCUCAAAGACUCCACGUCGUCAGAGGAGUGGCAUCCGGACUGCUGUAUCUCCACGAGGACUGGGAGCACGUCGUCAUCCACAGAGACGUCAAGGCGAGCAACGUGCUCCUCGACGGCGAGAUGAACGGCCGGCUAGGCGACUUCGGCCUCGCGAGGCUGUACGACCACGGGGCCGUCGCGCAGACGACACACGUGGUCGGCACCAUGGGAUACCUAGCCCCCGAGCUCGGGCACACCGGCAGGGCGACCCCAUCCACCGACGUGUUCGCCUUCGGCGCGUUCCUCCUCGAGGUCGCCUGCGGGAGGAGGCCGAUCGAGCAGGACGACGAGCACGGCGGCGGCCGCGUCGUGCUCGUGGACUGGGUCACCGAGCAGUGGAGCAAGGGGUCGCUCAUGAACGCGGCGGAUGCCCGGAUUCCGGGCGGGUUCGAUCCCGACGAGAUCUCCCUGGCUCUGAAGCUUGGGCUGCUCUGCUCGCAUCCGUUGCCCAGCACGAGGCCGACGAUGCGGCAGGUCACGCAGUACCUCGACGGCGACGUGGCCCUGCCGGACCUGUCGCCGGCGUACCUUAGCUUCGCCUCGCUGGAGCGGAUGUACAACAGCAGGGAGUUCAACCAUAACGCCAUUUCGUACGUCUCAUCAGCGAGCGCGGGUGCCAUUUCUGAUAUCUCAGGCGGAAGGUGAUAGCGGUGGGUACUUGCAGAGUUGCAGUUAGGGAGUGUAACCAUGUAACCAAAGACUUAGGUGAUUUUGCCGUGCUUGAUGUACCAAAUGGUACCUUAUUCUAUACUGUAAAAUUUAUUAACAGAGAAUAACAGUGUU